AUGUCCUGGACAGAGCGUGGGCAGCACUCACAUCAGUGCACGGGUCCUGGUCUGCUGGUGGUGGACACACAGCAAGCCCUUGGGUCCCAGGUGACCUCACCUCUCUGGGCUCUGUCCAGGGCUAAAUCAGGUGUCAGGACGCGGUCCUCUUCAACACUGAGGACUAACCCGUUUGGUGUUUCCACUGGUGGGCGACGGACUCCUGCCUGGGCUGCUCCCGGCGUUUGGCCGUUCUGUGCGUCCUCAAUCUGUGUGAAAGCCAGUGAGCACGUCUGGACCUUGGAGGGGACGGCGCCCACAGGGCAGGUUGCAGGAGAGGAGGUGUGCAAAGCAGCUGGCGCGGUACCUGGGCGUCAUACUGUGUGUGGAGCCAACCUCGCUGUCCGCUUGGCCCCCGACCCCACCCCUGGCCUCCGGGGGUACCCCGGCCCCUGCGCCCACCCGGGUCCCGAGCAGAGGGCCAGCCACGGGCUCUCUCGGCGCCUGUGGCUCCCGGGAUUCCUGUGGUUAGGAUCCCGACUCCUCUUUAUUGUUUUUAAAGUGUUUUACUGUUGGGAAGCCUCAAGCGUCUCCACGGAGGACGUAAAUAAAGGUAAUAACUUGGCCAUCAGGAAGUUUCUCCUGGCGGGUCCGCCUGGAGCGCCCCGCCCGCUGCAAGCAAGCCCCGCCCGGCAGCCAGCGCAGCGGGAGGGGGGCAGCCUGUCUCCCGCCCUUUCUGGGUCAGCUCCCUCUUAUUCUCUGAGCUGCCAGCACAGCGCGGGGUAGGCGUGGGCUCCGGCCCCCGGGAGGGGCGUGGGGCAGCCUGUCAAGUGGACUCGUGACAAGUCCGCCGCCCUCCCACCUCCCCCCGCCGGAUGUGCAGAGGGCACACGGGGACACAGAGAUUAGGGCCCGGAGCUGGGGGUGGGGGAGGCAGUGAACUUGGCGACGGUGGGCAUGGGCUUUGGGACCAGGCCCUGGUGCCCGGGGCUCAAUGUCUGGGCCGGUCCCAUCGGCCCCCCAAGCCUCCGCUCUUUGGGUGUAGAAUCCAGACGGUGGGCGAUGGUCUGCGCUCCCUGGGGCUGGGCCCGGAGGGUCCUGCUGGCAGCCCUGGGCUGAGGCCUGCCCCGCACUGUCCCAUGCAGGCCGCCUGCAGGGGGCCGUGGGGCUUCCCCGUCUCCCACCCGACGCAGAGGAGGCACCAGGCUCACCCAAGCAGCCGUGCAGGGGUGGGGACUGAGCACUGGCUGGUGGCAAAGCUCCCCUGGAGGAGCCCUGCUGUUCCCUGGUGGCAGGGUGGGGGUGCUGGCCUCAUUUGAGAGGUGGUUUGCUCGGGGGCCUGGAAUCAAGCCGGAUUAAUUAGACCCGGCAGGCCUGAGCCUGAGAAGGCCCAGAGGGUCCCCAGGCUGCUCACUUCCCAAUUUUCAUCUCUGACAGCUGAGGGCUUCUAUCAGCCACCAACCCUGGGCCUCUGUCUCCUUUCCUUUAAAAUUUGUGACAGCACUUUUUUUUUUUUUACUUUUAUACUUAGUAACACUUAAAAAAAAAAAAACCCAAAUAUACAUGCCCUAUAAGAAACCAUUCAGAAUGUACAGAUAUUUACCAAAUGUGACCGUUUGGCCCAAGGCCAGAGUGGUGGCCCUUGGGUGUUUAGGGGACCUUCUGGGCUGGUGGGUGGGCGGUGUGGCUGGACGCCGGCCACGGGGAAGAUGCAGGACCAGGA